AUAUGCGAUUUAGUUGGCAUGUACUCUCGAUAUGAUUUGAAAUUACAGCUCAUAAUAAAUUGUGCACAUGGUUGAUUAUAUUCCCUGUCUAAGUAUAAGCUACAUUGAUCACCAAUUACAAGGCUGAUCAAUUUUCUCUGGAAGCAUGAUUCUGCUUGUUUCACUUGUAUUAACAUGCAAAAUAGCUGUUUUUCCACACACACACACACAUAGUCAAACCCUACUAAAUUGAUUUUCUUAUGAAUUUUGUCGAAAUUAGGCUUGGUAAUGAAGUACUUGAACUUUUGGAUUGCUCCGGAAAAGAGCUGAGCGGAAUUUGUAGCUUUUGAUAGAGCUCAAGGGUCUAACUGUAGUGAUUCUGAUUUUGAGGCUCAGGUGUUGGGCAAAUGUUCUCUCUUCAGAAAUGGAAGUGUACUUGGUCUCAUGUGGCUACAAUUGCUACAAUCGUGGCAUUAGUUUCGCUGCUCGAUAUAUUUUUGUUUCACAGGGUGCCUUAUUCUACCUAUUUAGGAUCCAUGCAACUUAGAAACUCUUGUACAUCCGUAAAUUGUUCAACUCAAGGAGGAAACGAUAACCUUAUGCAAAACUCACCCCCGUUAAUUGAUUUAGAUGCUCAGUUUCCUGCUGAUUUACACAAAGCAGUGGUCUAUAAUGGUGCUCCAUGGAAGGCCGAGAUUGGUCGUUGGUUAUCUGGUUGUAAUUCAAAUGCUACUGCAUUGAAGAUAUCGGAGGGUAUUAGUGGCAAGAGCUGUAAAAACAAUUGUAGCGGGCAAGGCAUAUGUAAUCAUGCAUUGGGUCAAUGUCGUUGUUUUCAUGGAUUUACAGGAGAAGGAUGCGCGGAAAAAGUUCAGUUAAUCUGCAAUUAUCCAGCAUCAGAUGAGGAACCAUAUGGAAGGUGGGUUGUCUCAAUCUGCCCUGCUUACUGUGACACAACAAGAGCAAUGUGCUUCUGUGGGGAAGGCGCAAAGUACCCAAGUCGUCCAGUUGCUGAGGCAUGUGGUUUUGAAGUAAACUUACCCUCUGAACCUGGGGCCCCCGCUCUAACUAAUUGGUCGAAAGCUGACCUUGAUAAUAUCUUCACGACAAAUGCUAGCAAACCUGGCUGGUGUAAUGUGGAUCCGAUGGAAGUCUAUGCUAACAAGGCAAAGUUCAAAAAGGAAUGCGACUGUAAGUAUGAUGGUCUAUGGGGAAUGUUCUGUGAAGUCCCUGUGCUAUGCACUUGCAUCAAUCAAUGCUCUGGUCAUGGACAUUGCCGUGGUGGAUUUUGCCAGUGUGUCAAAGGGUGGUAUGGGGCAGAUUGUAGUAUUCCGUCAGUUUUAGCGUCAAUUGGCAAGUGGCCUCAAUGGCUCCGACCAGCUCAGGUCAAUAUUCCUGACCAUACACAAAUAACUGGGGAUCUUGACAAUUUCACUGCUGUGGUGGAAAAGAAGAGGCCAUUAAUAUAUGUUUACGAUUUACCACCAGAAUUCAACAGUUUACUACUGGAGGGACGACAUUACAAGCUUGAGUGUGUUAACAGAAUCUAUGACGGAGAGAAUAACACCAUAUGGACAAGUAAUCUCUAUGGCUCACAGAUGGCACUUUAUGAACAGUUAUUAGCCAGUCCAUACAGAACAACUAAUGGAGAAGAAGCAGAUUAUUUCUUUGUUCCGGUUCUUGAUUCAUGUAUUAUAACUCGUGCUGAUGAUGCACCCCAUCUAAGCAUGCAGGAACACAGCGGCUUGAGGAGCUCUUUGACGCUGGAGUUCUAUAAGAAUGCAUAUAAUCACAUUGUUGACCAAUAUCCUUACUGGAACCGCUCAUCUGGAAGAGAUCACAUAUGGUCCUUUUCAUGGGAUGAAGGUGCAUGUUAUGCCCCUAAGGAGAUAUGGAACAGUAUGAUGCUGGUCCAUUGGGGUAAUACAAACUCAAAGCACAAUCAUUCAACAACAGCAUACUGGGCUGACAACUGGGAUAAAAUAUCACCUGACAGAAGAGGAGACCAUCCAUGUUUUGAUCCAGAUAAAGAUCUAGUAAUUCCUGCAUGGAAGGAUCCCGAUCUCGAAUCUCUGAAAUUAAAACUUUGGUCAUGGCCUCGUGAGAAGCGAAAAAUACUUUUCUACUUCAAUGGCAAUCUAGGACCAGCAUAUGAAAAUGGAAGACCAGAAGCUACGUAUAGUAUGGGUAUCAGGCAAAAAGUAGCCGAAGAAUUUGGUUCAUCCCCUAAUAAAGAAGGGAAGCUAGGAAAACAGCAUGCAGAUGAUGUGACUGUUACUUCUGUGCGGUCUGACAAUUAUCACAAGGAUUUGGCUAGUUCUGUUUUUUGUGGGGUUAUGCCUGGAGAUGGGUGGAGUGGUAGAAUGGAAGACAGCAUUCUACAAGGGUGCAUCCCUGUCAUUAUUCAGGAUGGGAUCUUUCUGCCAUAUGAGAAUGUACUCAACUAUAAAAGCUUUUCUGUUCGGAUAAAGGAAGAUGAAGUACCAAGCAUGAUAAACGUUCUCCGGGGAAUUAACGAGACAGAAAUAAAUUUCUUGCUGGAAAAUGUAAAGAAGAUCUGGCAGAGAUUCUUAUAUCGUGAUUCUAUUUUGCUCGAAGCUGAGAGGCAGAAAACUGGCUUUGGGCAUGUAAGCCCUUGGGCUGAAGAAUUGUCGCAACUGAAGGAAGAUGAUGUUUUCGGGACACUUAUACAGGUGUUGCAUUACAAAUUACAUAAUGAGCUCUGGAGGCAACAGUUCGUAAACGCGAAGAAGGAAUUUGGAGUACCCAGAGAAUGCUUGAUCAAAACAUAGAAAGGAACGCAUAACAAAGAAGCAGAAACCAAAUCGAAGAAACAGUAAGGCUGAAUGCUCUCUUGACAUUGCAAGAAGAAAGCCACACAAAUGCCGUUUUGCUGCCUAUAUUCAGCUAAUUACUAAUUGUAGCAAGGCUGCAUAACCAGACAUGGAGCUGAUCAGAUGUAUUGUCUAUCUAGACCGCAGCACCAAACUUUACCAACAUAUGAUAGAUGAUUGGAUGUCAAGCUUGUUUCCCCAUUUUUGUGACAAAAUAUAGGAAAAACAUUCAUUUUGUGAUUAUAUGUAAAACAGCACCUGAGCUAAUUGUGAUAAUCACACGACUUAUUCUUAUAGUGAAAUAAUGAAAUUAUGUACUUGGUA